CCCGGGAGGAGAAGUUGGGAAAGUUUCUCCGGGACCGGGACUGGCUCCGGGAGCGGGUCCGGGGCGGGGGCGAUGCCGCCGGGAGUCCCGGGGCUGAUGUUGCUCCUUGUGUCCGCGCUCCUGCUGCUGCCGCCCGGGGGCGGCUCGGGAGCGGGCUCCAGGCUCCGGGUGCGGGUCCGUCUGUCCGGGGGUGGGGUCGCGGAGGAGACGCUCCAGGCGGAUCCCGAAUCAGACUCGAUCAGCAUCGAAUUCCGCACCGAGGACGGCAACUUCAUCACCCUGCUGGCGGACUUCAGACAGGAUGUAAAGAUUAUCCGUUCCCUAAUUCUGGGCGAGUUGGAGCGAGGUCAGAGACAGUUCCAGGGUUUGUGUUUUAUUACCAGACUUCCCAAGAAUGAAAUGAUUCCGAGUGAAUCGAUGGCCAAGCUGCGACAGAAGAAUCCGAGGACAGUCCGUGUGGCAGAGGAACAGAGAGGUCCUGAGCACCUGUACAUGGAUGUUGCAGUGAAUUACAGCAGAGCCAGCCACCUAAGUGCCCACAUACACAGUGUCUGUGCUGAGGCCAUGGACGCAGUCUACACAAGGCAGAGCGAUGUGAAAUACUGGAUCGAGAAAGGUAUUGAACCUUCGAUCUUCGAAGUGCUGGCAGUUGCCGAGGACGUGCCGCACUGCCGGCUGAGUCGGGAUCGCUGGAAAGGCUGUAUCUGUCACUACUCCCUGUGUAUCGAGUGGUACCCGUGCUUUCUGAAAUACUGUCGCACAAAGGACUCUGCAGGCAAGACCAGCUCUUACAAGUGCGGCAUCAAAAGCUGCCAGAAAUGCUCCCAUUUUGACUUCUAUGUCCCACAGAAACAGCUGUGCCUGUGGGAUGAAGAUAUUUAACCAUCUCCGUCACCCACUUGCUGGGACCAGUUGAACUCUUGGAAAAAUGGAGGCUGCAGUGUCAGGGUCUGAGAUUUUGGGUUCAGGGACAGUAUGGCUGUGUGGGGGACAAACAACAUGGAAUCAGAUGGGACUGGUGUUCAGUGAGGGGAUUCUGAUAUUUGCUCAGUCCCCACCCCCUUCUCCCUUCCCCUUCCCCAGCUGGGCCAGGCACCGGAGUUCUUUGGGUUACUGGGUAAAAACAAGGACUGCAGAUGCUGGAAACCAGAGUCUAGAUUAGAGUGGUGCUGGAAAAACACAGCAGGUCAGGUAGCAUUCAAGGAGCAGGAAAAUCAACGUUUCGGGCAAAAGCCCUUCAUCAGGAAUAGAGGCAGAGUGCCUGCAGGGUGGAGAGAUAACUGCUGUGCUUUUCCAGCACCACUCUAAUCUAGAAUCUGCUUUGGGUUACUGGGUCAGUGGUUCCAGUUUGGGACAUUACCAUGCACCUUCCCAGUACAGACUGACUGGGUUCUGAAUGAUUUCACUGUAGCUGAGGAAGGGCUGAGGAUGGUGACUGUGCAUUGGGAAUCCUUACUAAUAGUCUAUCAUUAGAGUUUGCCUGAUUUACCCUUUAGGUAUUUGGAGGACUAACUAAUGACACAGUUUACUUAAAUCCUAAUAAUUCCAGUGCUGUUUUCCAACAGUCUGGAUGAUGAGAUUGUUUGGGUCCAUUUACAGUAAUGAAAUUCCAGAGGAGAAUUUCUAAUCUUUUACUCAUAACUGAAUAAUCAGAAACCAAUGUCUGGAAAACAUUUAUGUUUGCUCAACAAUUUGGAUAUCUCUCCGGUCUGACAGUGGGGCAUAGGUCUCUGUUUAUUCAAGUCAAGGAGGGAGUUAACCCUGAGCUGGAGAGAAGCUCAUUCCAUGGGUGGUGAGGACAUGGGCUUUCCUCUGACUGCAAUCACCUUUGUUGGCAUCACUCCCAGCCCCCUGCCCUCCACCCUCCACAUUUCUGACCAGCAUUUUAUCAGUUUCAUUGAGUGGUCCAGUAUUUCAGGAGGAGGUUUUUGCUGAUCGUGCAACUUGCAACCCAGUGGCUGACUUGUUGAGUGGUAACAGGAUGAUACAUUUUCUCCAGCAUUGGGACCACCAUCCUGAUCUCUCUGUUUGACAGCAGCCUCUUUGAUUUCUGACUGCCCUUGUUUUAUGUUAGAGAGGCUUGUGGUUGAAUGUUCUGUUGAAGUCCGAGCCUUCAGCGUCUUAGUUCAGAACCAGCCGUUACUGACAGAGAUCUGAACGUCUGCAGUUAAUAGUUUUGUUGCGUUGCGUGGUCCACCAGAGGAGAGUGGGCCACCUCAAAUACGAAGGAACAAAUUUGAAAAACUGGUAAAUUGGUAGAUUCUUGCCAUCUCCCUGAUGUGCUUCACCAUUGCUGCUUUUAAUUUCCCUGAAUGUAUAACACAUCUGCAGCUUGUGAGUAUUUGGCUGUGACUGGCCUGUGAAGGUUGAACUUUGCAGAUUUUUGGUGUGAAAUGAUGAGAUUUAUAGUUUCACCAAAAUACUUUCCCUUAUCUUUUAAUUACAUAGCUUGUUUGUUGUUGAUGUAACCUAAAUAUUUCAAAUGGUUCUAGUUCUUUGUACCUAUCUGUAUUUGCCAAAUAUCACAAACAGAAGGAUUUUCUACUCUGUGUAAAUGUCAUUUGUAAACCAUCCAUCCUGUGAAACCCUCGGCAGUUAGUAUUUCCUAAAGUUUGAAGAAUAUUGUCUUAUUUCAGAGGAUCAUCCUCCUUGACCUGGAUUCUCCAGCAGGCAGAGCUCUUUUAAAUUUCACUUUAAACAUAUGAAUCACCCCUAGAAAUUAUUAAUUACAAAAUAGUAGUCUGAGGGAUAGCUGCAAGGAAAGAGUUUAAUUGUUGUCACAGUAUUGAGUUCUUAUCAGUGUUUUCUUUGAGAAAUAGAAAUUUAAAUAAGACUGAGUAACCAAAGAUCUAAGAAGCUGUCCCUAGCUCCUUUUAGACCAACACUUCAGUCUUGUGAAGAAAUUGGUAUGUCACUGAGUGAUCCUUCGAUCCUUCACUUCUAAACCUUUACCCGAAGUGGAAAGAAUAUCAGACUGUGACUUGAAUUCCAGUUUCAUGGUCUUUAUCUGAGCACUAUUUGAGAAUUGGUGCCUUAACUCAACUUAGACAUUUGAUGCUCUGUACUGCCAAGUUGUGCCAGAUAAAAAAAAAGUUUUAAUUUGCAUGUGUUUGACUUCAGGUUCCCACUUGUCUAUUAUAACUAGGUGUCCUGGUUACUGAUAGUUUGGAAUGUGACCAGAUCUAGCAUCACUUGGUGCAGAGGUAGCUGAUGCUGUGAUGCCAUAUUCUGACAGAGUUCCUGAACCAUUAACUGGCCACAGACUCAGAGAGAGAAACGUGUCGGAGCCCAGACUGUGAACAGAUUGCUUUCUGAUCUGUGAUCCCUUGGUGAUUGUUCUUUCAUUCUUCCUCCUCAUAAGUUGUUUGAAGCAAUGGAUUUAUUUUCUUUGUUUUCAUUAAUAUCCUGGUCUCAAAUGUAGCACUAACGCUUUACAAAGGCCUUCAGAAUGGCCAUUGCUUCUAGUAAAGGUUUCAAGGGAUUGAGCAGUGACAGCAUCCUCAAUCAUCAAUCUUUGCAAAAUAAAUACUGACAAACUAGAUUUGCCAUUUAAUAGAUUGGUCGGUGUUCAGAAGUUCCUGAAGAAACUGAGCCCACAUUGUGUCUAAGAACAGAAACAUCACACAGCAGAGACUGUUUGCUUCCAGGUGCCAUGGUGUUAGUGCCAAAGUUUUGGGGUGUUGUGGAAAUGCUUCUUUAGGAUGGGACAGUGAUUUUGGGGUGCCAUGAUGACAGGGAAAUGUUUUGGGGUAUUGUGGUGAUAGGGGAAUGUUUUGGGGUGACUCAAUAGUGCAAAUGCCUUCACUGCAAUAACUCUGCAGAAUUUCACAAAGUGCCUUCAGUAUUUCAGAAAUGUCCUAAUAAACAAAAUUAUUUUUGUAUUAUUGUGUAAAAAAUAAAAGAUUGCUUUAUUCAUAAAGGAAAUUAACUCUGCAUAUUUGGAGAAUAUAUUAGAUUCAAUAAUAAACUAGUGCACUGGUGAUA